UAGCCCGUAUAUAAUUUGGAAGGAGAAAUCUUCAAUGGAAGACCCCGAGGGAAUAAAUGGGAAGUCUGUGCAGAAGUCCCAAACCAGUUCAGAUGUUGCUGUUUCCUCAAGCUGCAGGUCUAUGGAAAUGCAGGAUCUAGCCAGCCCACAUAGACGACUAAGUGGUAGUAGUGAAUCCCCCAGUGGUCCAAAACUUGAUAACUCCCAUAUAAAUAAUAAUUCCAUGACACCCAAUGGCACAGAAGGUGACAUGACCCUCCUCAGCACUGCAGACUGGCUGCUCAGCCCUAGCACACCGAGCCCUGCAGUUAAAACAGAACCAAUGAACAGCAGUGAGAUCGCUACUACUACUACCACAGACGGGUCUUUAGACAAUUUCUCAGGAUCAGCAAUUGGAAGCAGUGGUUUCAGCCCAAGACAAACACACCAGUUCUCCCCACCACAGAUUUACCCUUCCAACAGACCCUACCCACAUAUUCUUCCUACCCCGUCCUCACAAACGAUGGCUGCGUACGGGCAGACACAGUUUACAGCGGGAAUGCAACAAGCUACAGCCUAUGCCACCUACCCCCAGCCCGGACAACCCUACGGAAUCCCUUCCUAUGGUGCAUUGUGGGCAGGCAUCAAGACAGAAGGUGGAUUGGCACAGUCACAGUCACCUGGACAGACCGGAUUUCUAAGCUACGGUGCCAGCUUUAGCACACCUCAACCUGGACAGGCUCCCUAUAGCUACCAGAUGCAAGGCAGCAGUUUUACAACAUCGUCAGGAAUAUAUGCAGGAAAUAAUUCACUCACAAAUUCUACUGGAUUUAAUAGUUCACAGCAGGAAUAUCCCUCUUAUCCCAGUUUUGGCCAGGGCCAAUAUGCACAGUAUUAUAAUAGCUCACCGUAUCCUUCACAUUACAUGACAAACAGCAACACCAGCCCUACGACACCCUCCACAAAUGCAACAUACCAGCUUCAAGAACCACCAUCUGGCAUCACCAGUCAAGCAGUUACAGAUCCUGCAGCAGAAUACAGUACAAUCCACAGUCCAUCAACCCCCAUUAAGGAUUCAGAUUCGGAUAGAUUGCGUCGUAGUUCAGAUGGGAAAUCACGUGGACGUGGCAGAAGAAACAAUAAUCCUUCACCACCACCUGACUCUGAUCUGGAGAGAGUAUUCAUUUGGGAUUUGGAUGAGACAAUCAUCAUUUUCCAUUCCUUGCUUACAGGGUCCUAUGCUAACAGAUAUGGAAGGGAUCCUCCCACUUCUGUGUCCCUUGGACUCCGAAUGGAAGAGAUGAUUUUCAAUUUGGCGGACACACAUCUAUUCUUUAACGAUUUAGAAGAAUGCGACCAGGUUCACAUUGACGACGUGUCUUCGGACGACAACGGUCAAGAUUUAAGCACAUACAACUUUGGCACAGACGGCUUUCCUGCAGCUGCCACCAGCGCCAAUCUGUGCCUGGCGACCGGCGUGCGCGGAGGAGUGGACUGGAUGCGGAAACUGGCCUUCCGCUACAGACGAGUAAAAGAAAUAUACAACACCUACAAAAACAACGUUGGAGGUCUACUUGGUCCAGCGAAAAGAGAGGCUUGGUUACAACUAAGAGCAGAAAUUGAAGCUUUGACAGAUUCUUGGUUAACACUUGCACUGAAAGCACUCACCCUCAUUCAUUCGAGGACAAACUGUGUGAACAUUCUUGUAACAACUACUCAGCUAAUUCCAGCUCUGGCAAAAGUCUUGUUGUAUGGACUAGGGGUUGUAUUUCCCAUAGAGAAUAUUUACAGUGCAACGAAAAUAGGAAAGGAAAGUUGUUUUGAGCGAAUAAUUCAGAGAUUUGGAAGAAAAGUAGUGUACGUUGUUAUAGGGGAUGGUGUCGAAGAAGAACAAGGCGCAAAAAAGCAUGCUAUGCCAUUUUGGAGGAUCUCGAGCCACUCUGACCUUAUGGCCCUUCACCAUGCCUUGGAACUGGAGUACUUGUAGCAGCUUAGCAGCACUUUCAAACCUCAGAGGCUCCUUCUGCCCGUGGAUGAGAUGCCUGUGUCUUGUGUCAGCAUUGGACUACAGAACUCUGUGAUUUCAACAUGUUGACGUACAGCUGCAAUUGGUCUUAACCCUUGCCCUUUCAGUAAAUGGAGGAGCAUGUCCUUUUCUUCAGAACAGCUGUUGGCUCCGGUACUGCGAGUCCAACGAAAAUAAGCCAUGCGAGUGUUUGAACAACUCACCUUUACCAUGUUCGCUACCAAAAAGGAACGGAGAAGGAAAAAUAAAAUGGAAAAAAAAAACCAAAAAAAAAGAAAAGGAAAUAAGAGGUUCAUACCUGUGAAGAAAAGAAAAAGGACCUGCAAAUGCUUCGUAGUUUUUAGCCUCUUCAAUGUGACACACACCAUUUCUUCAACACAGCAAACCUGAUUGCACAAUGAAGACUGAGAUUUUACAAAAUACCAGUGGAGUAAUUUUCUUAUAAAGAAGGUUUACGUUUUGGUUUCUCAUACCCAGGGUACUCUGUACAUCUUUACUUAUUUAUGAACAGACUAUAUUUUGGCAUCAUAUAACUGAGGAUAUGUAUAAUAGGAUUAAAGGCUAUUAUAAGCCUUUGCCUUAUGGUACAGCAACUACUUUUGAUUUUAGCACAUUACAGAGUAGUUUAAAAUAUGUCUAAUUUAAACUAAUAGGUACAUCACUGAGACAAUCAUGUACAGGAAGAAUUUUUUGUGUAAAUUUGUAAUAAUGAAUGAUUCUUUUACAUAUUGUUAAGGUAAAUGCUAUUGAAAGAUAGUAAUGCCUUGUCGGUGAAGAAUGAGGCCACGUGUGCACAAACUAGUGCAGUGCCUUAUCAGUGUGUUGGAUAUAAAUAUGUAGAUAAUGGAUUUUUUUUAGAUAAAUUUGUCAAGACCAAAAGCAUGGAUGUCAAGUGUCAAUAGGAAUUGGGUUUUGUUCUCAGCUGUUUCUCUGCCAUUUUCUUUUCUCACCCACUCUGAUUAUGAAAAGAUUGAUUUUGUGUUUCCCCCCACCCCAGUCAGAGCAAAUACAGAUAAAACCCAAGUGAAGAGGAGGGCUUUAUUGUCUUUUUUUUUCCUCUUUUAAAG